AUGUUUCACCGACGGCCUGCACCCCAGAGCCUCGAUCAAAUCCGCCUUGCUCGUCGACAGGCAGAAAGACAACUCGUCGCUACCCUCGGUCCUCUUCACGGCGACUUGGAAGAAUUCUACACCUUUGUACCGCUCCCCGAUGGCCAUAGAGGAGAGCUGAAAGUUGUGCGGCACAAAUUGGGAGCCCAAAGUCAGGCCUUUACAUUGGGAUCCGUUGAUGCUGCUGCAGCUGGUACAGGGAGCAACGGCAAUAGUGAUCGUCCAUUUAUCGUCCUCUUCCACGGAGGAGGGUUCUCAAAUGGCAGUGUCGAUUACAUGACUCGCCCAGCGCGAGACUUUGCGAUCGAGUUCAACGCUGUGGUUGUGUCUGCGACGUAUCGGCUUGCUCCCGAGUAUCCAUUUCCUGUCCCGAUGCAAGAUGCAUGGGAUACCUUGGUGUGGCUUUCUCAACACGCCAGGGAAUUUGGCGCAAACCCUCAACAAGGCUUCGUGGUCGGUGGGGUCUCAGCUGGAGGGACUAUGGCGGCUGUUUUAACACAGUUGGCGCAGGAUCGCGGUCUUACGCCACCACUCACCGGCGCAUUCGUGUCCAUCCCUCUUCUGCUCGUAAAGGAGAUUGUUCCCGAAAAGUACAAAAAGGAAUGGACUUCGAUGGAAGACAACAAGAACAAUCCAUCCUUGAAUCGGGACACCAUUCGAAAUAUCAUCCGCACACUCGACCCGGAUGUCAGGUCUCCCCUAUUUUCACCGUUCAAUAGCAGGAAUCCGCACGUGGGAUUACCACCGACAUACGUGCAUGUAGGUGGAAUGGAUGUCCUGAGGGAUGACGGCUUAGUCUACGAGAGGGCGUUGAGAGAUAACGGCGUGCAGACGCGGUGUGACAUAUUUCCUGAUCUGGGCCAUGUUGCUUGGACGAUUUAUGCCACAGAGUACUCUCGACUACGAUUGGGGCCAAAGAUGACGGGAGCGAUGAGAUGGCUGUUGAGCCGGGAAGGAUCGAACAGGGUUUAG